AUUGAGGCCAUCUUGCCUGUUUUCAGUGCAGAUGUUGGACCUUUACCUGUCCUGCCCUCAGAAUUCAGGUCUACUCACAGAGAGUCAGCUUAGAGAAGUCUAUACCUUGCUAGAGCCCAAUCUGGUGUCAUCAUCACAUAGUGUUCGCUUGAUUACCAGUCAUUUAUUGUCACUGUUCCCGGUGGUUCUGCCAGACUACAAUGAUGGUUUGACCAGGGAAAGCGUCUUCAAGAUCAUGUAUGAAGCAGAGAGAAUGGUACCUACAGUUCACUGCUACAGAGAGAAGCUUGUUCACCUGCGUAAGCUUGAAUAUAAUUGCAUUUUCAAGUGUCUGCCAUCACAAUUUUACAGAAAGGCACCCCUGCUGUUCUUACUUGGCAAUGAAUUUUGGAAUUUUAAACUCAUGUGGGAACCUCUUGCUGAACUGAUUUCAUCACAUGCCCAGGAGCUUGAUUCAGAGGAAUUUUGGGAAGUUAUGUUUAAUCAGUUGAAGAACGCUGCACAAGGUUCCGAAAAAGAACUGGAAGUACAAGCGGCA